AUGCACCCUAAGCAUACUCCACUCAACCAUUCAUUUGUGCAAAAUCAAAACCAUCAAAACCUUCAACAUCACAAUCAAAACCAGCGAAUCAAAGAUUCUGUAGUAUACCAACAAGGACCCUUGCUAAUGGCUAAUCAGUAUAUGAAUUCACAGGCUGGGUAUUAUUCGCAGCAAACGACAAUGAAUGCUCCGCCAACUCCUUUCGACACGGCUUAUGGUGUGACGCUCUUGCCAUCACAUCUUUUAAUGGGCUCACCGUUUGUCUGCUCACCGGAUCUUUUCCAACAAGGACAUCAACAGCAAAAUCAUCACCAUCGCCAACCAUACAAUCACUACAAGCUGACGCCUUCUUCCAACAGAAGUAAUUCGAAAAUGGCCAAUGGGUUUCCACCUCCACCGGCGUUAAAUGCACCUCCAGCUUCAAGAAGUGUGAUUAAUAGUCGUCACAAUAGUUACUAUCAGUUAGUUCAAGGAUCUGCUAAUUCGAAACUUUUUAAAGAGCCAUUCAUGAUUACGUAUACGGUAUUACCUAAGGGAAACGAUGAAUACAGGACGAGGUCUUUAUUAUUUGAGCACGUUAGCACUUCGGUAGACUUACAUUCCUUUGUCAGUAAGUAUUCGAAAUACGGACCAAUAGAAAGUAUUUAUCUUUUCAAAGAUAGCAAAGAUGAUAGUAAAAACUCAAUAUUGUUGAGCUUUUUAUCAAGUAAGACUUGCUUGGAUUCGUAUAAUAGUGUUUUGAGGAGACUUUCAGAAUUUAAGAGUGAAUUAAACUCGAAAUUUUUAACUUUGAGCUUCGUUUCAUUGAAAUACAGACUUCAAGAUAAUUUUGGUGAAAUUAAAGUCAAAAGUGGGAAUUCCAUUGAAGAAGACAAAGGAGAAAAUGGUGAUUCUUUAAGUGAUGCGCUCAACGUUACUGCAGCCGCUUCGUUGCAUUAUGAUAUUAUUAAUAGAGGUGCUACAAGAUCUAUUGCCAUUUCUCUUGAAUCACCAUGUAGAAAAGAAGAACUUUUUGAUAAAAAACUUGAUUUUUUGAACAGGAAGAAAAAUCAAAAUAAGAGAUAUGUAUUAGAAUCUGUCGAUUUGGUCAUUGCAAAAGAAGCAACUAGGCACUUUCCUCAAAACUAUGUUAUCCUUACCUUUUUGAACAUUACCAUGGCAGUUGAAUUACUGGAUUAUGUAAGGUUGAAUGCUACAAAGUUCGGAUUUGAAAAAUGCUUCUUCGUAUCGGUGCUACCUCAAAAACCUACGGAUGGACCCCAGGGCAACUCGUCUUCAAUCUCCAUACAUGGGAAAUCUAUUGAUAAUAUCGGUAUCAACUAUGGAAGCAAAAACGCUAGUCUAAGUAGUCUGGAUUCCUCGGGUUCUUUUGUCUCUUUGAAUCAAGAAAUCGAAUCGCUAUCAAAUAAAUUACAGGGCAUUCAGUUAGUCACACAUACCAUUGAGAUUAAAAUAGAGAACUAUCCGGAACCUUUUUUUGCCGAGCAUGAUGAUCAUGUACCAUAUGUUAGUAUAAGUGAAGUGGCUUCUCUAGAUUUCCAAUUAUCGGAGGCACGUCCGCAGGAAAUGCAAUUAAACGAAAGUGCAUUUUUAUCUAGAGAAUCAAGCAUUAGCAACGAUGCUAGCUUCUCGCCGCAAAAUCAUAGUCGUCAAUCUUUAGGCUCUCAAGCAUUGCCUAUUCAAGCUCAAAUGCCAGUUGAUGCAAUUAACUCAGCUUAUUAUAUGGAUUCGCCCAACUUAGGGCAGUCUAUGACAAAACCAAUAACUCAAAGCUUGCAAAGACAAUAUGCAAGUUCCGUCGAAGUGGCAUCACUGAUGGGUGGUGGAGUAGGAAACAGAACGAUUUACAUAGGGAAUGUUCAUCCUCGUUCUAAACCUGAAGAUGUUUGUAAUGUGGUUCGAGGAGGCGUGCUUCAAAACGUUAAGUUUAUCAAAGAAAAGCAUAUAUGUUUCGUUACGUUUAUCGAGGCUUCCAGUGCUGUUCAAUUCUAUACAAAUGCUUUCAUCGAUCCAAUAGUAUUACAUGGCAAUAUGUUGAAGGUUGGCUGGGGACAUCAUUCAGGAGCAUUGCCGAAAUCUAUUGCAUUGGCUGUAACUGUUGGUGCAAGUAGAAAUGUCUACGUUAGCUUACCUGAAUACUCUUUCAAGGAUAAAUAUAUCAACGAUCCGCAAUAUAAAGAGUAUCAUGAGAAGUAUACAAUACCAACUGAAAAACAGCUUCGCGAAGAUUUCAGUCAGUAUGGUGAUAUAGAGCAGAUCAAUCAUCUAAGUGAUGGCCAUUGUUGUUGGGUAAACUUCAUGAACAUCUCUGCCGCCAUAAGACUUGUAGAAGAGGUCAACAAUGAUGUCGGAGAGAAAUUUCAUAAGAAGUUUGAUAACCGCUAUACUGGCUUGAUCAUCGGUUAUGGUAAGGAUCGCUGUGGGAAUGUCAACAAAAAUCUGGUGGCCGGAAAAAACUCAAGAUUUUACAAGAAAGUUAAAAAACCAAGUUUCAACAUCAGAUUAAACAAAAUGGAAGAAGAAAGAAGGCUUAAUGAAGAAGCGCUGAGAAACCAGCAUAAAAAUAAUAGUGACCAAAUAUUACAAUUCGACUCCCUUGGAAUUACACUUGACAGUAGUAGCAUCAAGAAUUCACCACACACCAACCAAAAUAACUUCGAUACUUCCAAUGGUAAGGCUGUUGAGCAGCAUGCCAGUGAAAAUUCCGAUCAGGAAGGAGAAGAGCUGUUGAAAUUGAGUAAUGAAAGUGAACUUUCAAAUGGAUUAGAACCUUCUAGUCCGAAUUUAAGGAUUUCCUCAGAGCGGAAUACUGAACAAGAAACGGCUUCUGGCAGAGUGGAAGAUAGCGAUGAUGGAUCCGUAAACUCAGAAGUAUCAACAGAUAUUGAACUAAUUAUUCAUACACCCAUCGAUGAAAAGACUGAAUUUGAAUUGGGAAAUUUUGACGACCCAGAUGAAAAACAACUUCAACCGAAACUUGAAGGUGGAAAAGUACAAUUAUCAAAACAAAAGUACAUAGCUUCGUCUUUUGACGUUCCGUCAGUUAAUUCUAAUCCACCGAUCGCACCUGCUACAAUAUCUCGCAACUAUUCACUAAUGGUCAAAAAUCAAAAUAGGAUCUCGACUGAGCCACAUCAAAGUUCGGAGCAGGAUAAAUCUCAAAAGCAAUAUCAAAACGGCCAUAAACACACUAUUCGAAAUAAUAUUAAAAGCCGGCCCCGAAAAAAUUCUAAGAAGCGCGAUGCUAAAACGAUUCCUGGGUCAGAUGUCAUGGCCCAAUAUCUAGCCCAACUCCAACAUUCAACCUUCAUGUACGCCGCAAAUGUUUUAGGCGCCACAGGAGAAGUAGACAAGGAUUGUAUUGACGACAGUAGCAGUUAA